CCUAUUCUUAAUUCUUCUAACCUUCUGACAAGCAAAGCCAACGGGAAGCCAGAUUUCACUUCACCGCCGGGUUACCAACUUAACCACAACAGCGAUUCACUAUUAACUGGGGUGAGAAAAACCAUAUAACAGGGGCCAAAAAGCCCUUAACAAGUCUCUCCCUUAAACAAGAGAAAUUCGGGGCUCCCUCGUGCUCCUCAUUCGAGGACCCCCUCUACCCAACCAUCCUUCCCCGAGGGACAAAAGGUGAUCUUAUCCCCCCAUUUGUGUGACCCCAUUUUUUCUUGUCGUCCCCCCGCUUUCUUCUUGCAGAUACAAGAGCCUGGUGACGGGGAAGCGAGCCCGCGGACUCAUCGCUGUCCUCUGGCUCCUCUCGUUCAUCAUCGGCCUGAUGCCGCUGAUGGGUUGGAACAAGAUGGACGCCGUUCAGAACUGCACCAACGAGACGCAGGGGCCCAGCGGGGACUGCCGGGUGACCUGCCUCUUCGAGAACGUGGUGCCCAUGAGCUACAUGGUGUACUUCAACUUCUUCGGCUGCGUCCUCCUGCCCCUCUUCAUCAUGCUCUGCAUCUACAUCAAGAUCUUCGCCGUGGCCUGCAAGCAGCUGCGGCAGAUCGAACUGGUGGACAACUGCCGGAUGACGCUGCAGAAGGAAUUCAGCGCCGCCAAGUCGCUGGCCAUCAUUGUGGGCCUGUUUGCCCUCUGUUGGCUGCCGCUGCACAUCCUUAACUGCCUGAUUCUCUUCUACCCCACCUUCGCGAAGAGCAAGCGGGACUGGAUGAUGUAUCUAACCAUCAUCCUCUCCCACACCAACUCGGUGGUCAACCCAAUCAUUUACGCUUACCGUAUCCAGGACUUCCGGUAUACGUUCCGGAAGAUCCUGUCGCGUUACGUCCUCUGCAGGAACGAGGAUUUUCCUAACUACCCCAAAGGGAGCAACAGCGGCGGUAGCAGCCGUCACCUGGCGGUGAAUAACCUGAACACAUCGCCGACCUACGUUUGAGGUCACCUGGACAGCCAGUAGGUCUUUGAUCUGUCCGGAACAGCACACACACAUCGCGCUGUUCAGUGGGAAACAAGCGGCCAGGAGGUUCAUAUUCAAGGUAGUCCGCGACUUACGACCGUCCAUUUCGACUAAGUCAUUGACGGUGGGAAACGGGAGGAGGGGGUCACCCCAUGUGGUCAGCCUGCUUUGGUGGUGUUUUUUCCCCCCAAAGCAGUCAUUUGGCAAGGGCUGGCUUGGCCAAAAACUAGAAGAAGUAAAUUUUUGGAGGUGGGCAGAAAUGUCAUAAUACCUGUCGUGUGGCCAAGAGACGCUGCAAAGGGCCGUAAAUGCGAGCUGAUGGACAAGCACCUAAAAUCCGUUCACUUGACCAUGUUGGGGGGACUGGCUUUUGCAACUUCAGAACUGGGUGUUCGGUAACCCUUGGAGAGGUUUGUGGUAAUUUGGAACGGUGACUGGUCGUAAGUCAAGGACUACCCCUGCGACUUCCUGCGAUAUGCGGGAGUGUUGGAACAAGAACGGCUCGGUUUUGUUUUGCACGCAAUAGUGUUCCUCGACCUCAGCAACGGGACGCCGUGUGGACUUCAACUCCCAACAUUCCCUAGGCAGCAAGCGUUGAGAUGGGUGGAC